AUGCCGCCUCGUCUCAACCUUUUCACCGUGAGGGCACCUGUCCCUGUCCUCCGUCAAUCCUCGACGCCGUCUGUGAAUCACCCUUCUCGCCGCAGCAUCGUCACGGCUCUCAACGUUAACAAGCCCAAUGCGGUGAACUCUGGCCUAGCACAAAGGAGAUGGAACUCCUCGGGCUCCGACAACAAGGAUGAUGCCGAUAGACUCAAGGGCCCGACCGAGGAUCCCCUACCCCAUGUCAGCCAGGAGGCCGCGGAGGUGACCAAGAUCAUGGACAAGAAGUGUGACGGUACCGCCGCCAGCCCGGAAUUGGAGCAGGGUACUCCGAUCUCAGAGGUGGGUGACUCCAAUACUAGAUACUUCGGUGACUUCUUGUCUCGACGUCUCUGA